UUAGUAUCAGGCCCAGUGGGGAGAACCUGCAUACGGUCUGUGUCCUAUUAAUUGUUUGCCUGUUGUACAAUGUUUCAAUUUCAUUAUUUUCUUUUGGUGUUUGCUUUCUUCGAACAAGCUCUCGGCAUUUAUCUGCAAGCGUGCUCAGAUGAUUUGAAUUGCAAUUUCAAUACUACGGCACUCAGAUGUUCGAAGAUUGACCAAAAGUGCACUUGCAUCAGAUAUCAUUAUUGGGACCCAAAGAAGAACAUUUGUGUCUUGAAUUACUACUCACUCAAAAAGAGCCUAUCCCAUUCAGAGUCCAAAGAUGAAGAACUGUUUAUAAAAGGCAAAGAAUCAAUAGAAACCAAGAGAUAUCACCAGAACUGCACUCAUGAUGAUCACUGUCAAGAUUUUUCUCUGAUAUGCUCUUCUGAGAUAAAUAAAUGCGUGUGUGCAAAGUUCCAUGAUUUGAUUUUUAACAAGUGUGUCCUGAACUACACUGAGCUGAACCUCUGGCUAGCAAGCCUUGAAAACGAGAAAGAUGUUAAAGCUGAGCUAGACCGAAAGGCAGUCGGCGUGUUUCACCAGCUUGCUUUUUCAGGGAUUUUAGCCAUAGGCCUUGGAAUCCUCGGUGCAUUUUUUUAUGUAUUCAUCUUCUGCUUAAUGAAACACACUCUGCCAUAUACUGAACCGGUAGAUGAACCAGAAAGUCAAAAAUCAAAGGAUGAUAACGUAAAUGAUAUUGAAACUGUUUCUCCGGUGUUUUUAGACUUUUAGCAAGUGAUACACUGCAGGAUAUAUAUUUUUUUGUGGUAAAUCUGAAGUUUGGUCAUUUCCAAGUUUCACACCAAGAAGAAAAAGCAGAUUGGGAUGAUCAAAAAUGUCCAAACUACAAGUGGUACUUUACUUCGGUUUAAAAAGAAAAUUCUAAAAAAAAGAGUUAAAUUAAUUUCUUAAGAAAAAUAGAAAUACUUUUUUCAGAUGGAAUCACCAAAAAUUCCAUAUGCAUGGUGGAAAAAUAUGGAUUCAGCCUGAAUUGCUGAAAAGUCUGAAAUCCAGAAAGAAGAAACUAUUCAAAAACUGACGACAUUUUUGUUAAAAGAAUUUUAUCAACUUUAAGUUUAAGAAUAAUUGUUCUUAUUUACAAUCUAAUUAUUGAGACCAUGUAAUAAAAAAUGUUUAUUUUCUCCUUUAAUCAAUAUUUUUCUUCUGUCGUUUCUGUUAUCCUUUUGUAUCUGAAUAACAAUUGGAUUAUCAAAUGUAAUUCACAUAAGUAUUAAACACACUUCCUCUUUCAAA